AUGGCGGGGAAGAGGGGAAGAAGAAGUAAUAGCAACGGUGCCCGUGGAACGCAGCAGCAGCAGCAGCAACAAAACGGAAGAGUUGGCCUCGUUGCAGUGGGUAACGAAUCAGAUAUGGGAGGUCCGCUCCGUAUCUUCACCACCACGUCGGAGGACGAGCAGUUGUCGAAGCAGCAGAGUAAGAACAAGUUAAGACGGAGAAGGAAGAGAGGUGAUGCUCGUGGUGCCAUGAAUGAGGACUUCGGGGAUAAUUUCAAUAGCGAACUUUUCCUGGAUCCUGAGUUGUUCAGAAGAACGUCGAAACCACGCCGUGGGUUUUCCGUUGCGAAUGGACACUUAUUGAGUGACGAUAAUGUCGGGAUUCUGCUGAGACAGGCUGAGCUGCGAGUUAAGGCGAAGCGGAAGGUGGCCACGGGACCUGGGUCCGUUAAAAAUAGAGCAAGCCGCAAGGAGUUGCUCGAGGCAAUCAACGCCGAGAGAGAUAUAGCUAAUAAAACCUCUAGGAAGAGAUCUAGAGGUAAGAACGUUGUUCCGGGGAGGAGCAACGGACCUAGGUCUGGUUCGUCGCAGGCGCAGAUACCACAAAACAGACUCGUUUUGUCUACCAGCACCAGAGCAGAGGACCAGCUAUUGGCCAUAUCCAACUUGACCAUUGGAAUUGACAGGGAAAACUUGAAGGAAGUCUUGCAAAAAGUGGGCAAGUGCAAGAUCGCCAGCAUUAAAUUGAGGGACUUACCAACAGGAUCCGCUACCGCGCAUGUUAUGAUGGCGCGUCCAUCGGUCCCCGAGUUGGAACGGUUGCAAGUGAUGUUUAACGGUGCCCAGGUUGACGGUAGGGUUAUCCAAGUCAAUAUCACAUCAAAGCAACAGCUUGGACGUGGGCGCUGA